AAUUGCAAGUUAGGUCCUUGGGGAGAGGCAAAUGUUUGGAGAAGUCAAGACGCGAUGUUUGGCGGCGUAUGGAAUAACAGUAAACACAGCGAAUACGGACUUUUGUAGCUACCUAGUUAACAGAUAAAUCACUGAAGAGAAAACACAGACGAAGUAGAAGCAAGUCGUGUCUUAUUUGAUGCGCAGGAAAACGGAAUAAUUUAUUUAACGAAAUACAGCCAAGCAACCGAUGAUUUAUUCCAUUUAUUUAGCUUGCUAACGAAUGUGCAGACUGGCUGCGCAUAAACAAUGCAAAUGAAAAUACGCGAGCUAGCUUUCUAGCUAAGUCUGUACUUAACACUACAAACGCUAGUAUUAGUUGUUUUCACUUGUUUGCUCGGCAUAACAUAUUUUCUUCUAAAAGUAGUAAAUGUUCCGUUUCUUCUGCUUUGCAUUUCCCUUGUUUUAUGAGGAUUAGGAAUAGUGCAAGCUAGUGUUAGAUCGCUUGCUUACGGACGUGUUCGGAUAAUAUGCCAGGCAUUGGAGUGAAAUGAGGCCCGGCGUCAUCCCAAUUCUAGUGUCGCUUGAACUACAUCAUGACAAAAUCCAGGUCUGUCAAAGACUCUCAACCACAAACCCAAGAUAUGAGAGGCUCGCGGACGACUUCCCAGUAGACUCGACCGUGAAGAAGUAAAGGCCAACCGUAGCGACCGCGAUGGACCGGAACAAGCGCAACUCCAUCGCCGGGUUCCCCAUGCGGCAGGAGGACCCGAACGGCGGGGGGGCGGGCGACGGCGCCCCCUCCCAGCCGGGCCGGGUCUGCUCCUCCUCCUACCGCGCCCUCAUCAGCGCCUUCUCCCGCCUCACGCGCCUCGACGACUUCAUCUGCGAGUGGAUCGGCUCCGGGUUCUUCUCCGAGGUCUACAAGGUGCGACAUCGGGCCUCCGGCCAGGUGAUGGCGCUGAAGAUGAACAAGCUGAGCAGCAACAGGGCCAACAUGCUGAAGGAGGUGCAGCUGAUGAACCGGCUCUCGCACCCCAACAUCCUCAGGUUCAUGGGUGUGUGCGUGCAGGAAGGCCAGCUCCACGCUCUGACUGAGUACAUAAACGGGGGCAACCUGGAGCAGCUGCUGGACAGCGACAAGCACCUGAGCUGGGCCACGCGGGUGAAGAUGGCCUGCGACAUCGCCAUGGGCCUGGGCUACCUGCACUCCAAGGGCAUCUUCCACCGGGACCUCACCUCCAAGAACUGCCUGAUCAAAUCGGAUGAGAACUGCUACACGGCAGUCAUCGGGGACUUUGGCCUGGCGGAGAAGAUCCCCUGUCACGAUUCUGAUGGGGAGAAGUUGGCAGUGGUGGGCUCCCCCUUCUGGAUGGCUCCGGAGGUGCUGAGAGACGAACGCUACAAUGAGAAGGCGGACGUCUUCUCGUACGGUAUAAUCCUGUGCGAGAUCAUCGCACGCAUCCAGGCCGAUCCAGACUUCCUCCCGCGCACCGAGAACUUUGGCCUGGAUUACCACGCCUUCCAGCACAUGGUUGGGGACUGCCCGCACGACUUCCUGCAGGUGGCCUUCAACUGCUGCAACAUGGACCCCAAGAUGCGGCCCUCCUUCCCGGAAAUCGCUAAGAAGCUGGAGGAGAUCCAGAGCCGUAUGAAGGAGGAGUCGGAGCGGGAGGGGCUCCACCUCGGCACCGACGUGGACCGGAAGACGCUUGCCAAAGGUCCCGGUGAGAAAGGCAUUAAGAGACUGAACCCCCUGGGCCUGCAGGAUGACAAGAUCCCGCCCAAGUCCCCGCGCCCGCGCCGCAACAUCUGGCUCUCUCGCAGCCAGUCGGACAUCUUCUCCCGCAAGCCGGGGCGCAAGGUGAACGUGCAGGACCCGUAUUACAACCCGGGCCCCAGGGCGCACAAGAUCAACCCUUUCAACGCCCGGGAGGACCUGAAGGGCGGCAAGAUCAAGUUCUUCGACAUGCCCAGCAAGUCGGUCUUCUCGCUGAUGUUUGACCUGCACUCGCCCACGACCGGGGUGCUCACCUGCCCCUCGCAGCUCAACUCCACCGCCCCUGAAUCCUGGCAGGAGCCCUGGCAGCUGCCAGGCCGCCGCUGCCGCUCCCUGCCCGUCUCGCCCCAGCUGCCCGCGCGGGACACCGUCGGCCCCGGGCCGGCCCCCCUCCAGCCCGCCGGCCGCAAGGGCGACCCGGCCCAGCUCGGGAACAAGGCGCUGGGGGCCUGCGCCAGUACAUUUUCGGUGGUGGUGAUCCCGCCCUUUCGGCCCAGGAUGGACGGGGAAGAGGACGAAGAAGAGGAGGAAGAGGAGGAGGUGGCCUGGGAGGAGGGCUGGUCUUCCCCGCUCAGAGACGGGGGCGAGGCCAUGGACUGCUCCAGCAGCUGUGGGAGCCAGGAGGAUGAGGUCGAUGGGGCCUUCCUCCAGCCCGAGGCCCAGAACGGCCCCUGCCCUCGGGCCUGGGCCUGCGAGGACAUGGAGGCCGAGGACCAGGAGGACCUGCAGGGGAGAGCCCCCGACACGGGCACCCCCACCCUGGACAAGACCUCCUUUAGCCUCAGCCUCUCCGUGGAGGCCCUCUGCUCCAGCCCCGCCCAGGAGAACUUCAGCUCCAUCGUGCUGGCUCCCUGCGGGGCCACAGAGGGCCAGGGCGUCCCCUCCAAGUGUGACAUUUAGCUUGUGCUCCAGAACUGGUUACCAGGCAACCGAGUUUUAACAAGAGAGAGAGAAUCCUCCUCCUCAACCGCCCAGUCAAGUGAUUAUUUUACUGGAUGGCCACCACACGGGAGAUUAUUUUUAGACGUUAUUUAAUAUUGCAGAGAAAGGUGUACAUAUUUGUUUCCUGAAAUGAGGAAUCCCUGAACUUUUCGCAGGGCUGGUAUUUAAGCACUUGGAGUGAGAAUCCAACCCAAAGUGUGAUGAAAAGAUCCUGCUCAAGUCCCAAGUGCUACGAAUGAAGGAUCCUCUAGUUUACCACGUCUUCAGAUCUGUGGUGCUUAGUGAGAGGAAGUGCCUUUGCCAUGUGACGCCCUUUCGCCAAAACACCCCUCAGUCACGGCGUUGGGGCCAUUCUUACAGUUGGCAAGCAGUGUGAAAUGCCAGAUCCUUCAUUUGUAGUCUCGCCUUCAGACUUCGCCUAGUGUUAUAGCCAAAAUUCAUCUGGCUCUUUCUAAGAAUCCUGGGGGUUUUAAUGUUCAUGCAAGGCGGAUGUGUAUUUAUAUGUCAGCAACAAUCCUGCAGGCGUUGUACCCAAUUUACGUUUGCCAGACUUGGGGGGGGAAGGUGGCUCCCUGUAAAAUAACUGGUUGACCCAAUCAGAAAAUAUAUAAGCUAGAACAGCAGACCCCACGGUUUGCAGGGAGUGGUUGCCCGUCCCUACUCAAACGUGCCCUUAAUCCUGGCAGAGAAAUGGAGAAGAUGUGACCGCAGUCGGGGUCUCCAUUUUAAAACCCAGAGACUUCCGCAGCGUGUUCACUUUCCACAUCCGCCUUCAGUCAGUCUGCCCUCAAUGGCGACCGACAGCUCUCCAACAAUAACUCCCAAGAACCAGACACUGUGGCUCUCCCAUAGAAGCACUGAUGCUCUCUCACUGUCGACAAACAAUCGGUGCAUACCAGACAUCAGAGGGGCUUUCAUUGUCCUCGAUUUAUGUGUUUACCAGCCGACUAAUUUCAUGAAGUGGCUUGAUUUAAAAGAAUGUUGAAUGCUUCCCUUUUAAGACCUCCCUUUUACGAAAAAGGAAAUGGUUUCCUUCCAUAAGUCUUCCUAGUCAUUAAAAUUGCCACUUGUGAAGAUUUAUCGCACUCUCUUUUCUAAUUGGGAGCACUUUAAGAAUGUGGAAGACAUUACAUCCUAACCCAGUGUGCACAAGUCUUAACCUCCAAUGUUAUCGAGAGUGUAAGUUUAUUAUAAGCCACAAAGCCAUCUAAUUUGAGACUUCCCUGGUGCACUGUUACAAGAACAGCCAAGUGGACAAAGUCUUUUCCAAAUGGCACUCGUCACUAGAGUCGGCCUCCAUUUUGAUUGGUUUACUCAAAGGUGGCGAUUAAGCCUCUCUCUGCUUCCCUAAUUCUUAGUGAUUCAUCUACGUAGGUGGAUGUGUCUGAAGCUAAAGUUCAAAAUACGAAUAGGCUGACAGUGUCUCUCCUUCAUGUUUAACACCGUGGCGUAGAACUGCUUUUAAAGGGAUUUGGGUCGUUUGUGUUGCCAUUUGCUUUUUGAAGGGGCUGCAAAUGCCACUGGAUCCUUAGAGAGGAGCACCCACGUGGUCUCAGCGGACUGCUAGUCUGUGAAGUCGACACGGAUCUUUCUCACACUUUUCAUCUUCAGGGCUACAGAGAAAUCCUAGCCUGUUACUACUUAAAAACAAAUUGCACUUGAAAGGAAAAGUAUACAUGUAUAUUUAACCAUGUCUGCAGUUUUCUUUUUUUUUGUCACUACAUUUCUAUGCAAUACAUUAACUGCAAUGGGAUAGCUACAUUUUACAGAGGGAAUUUAUUUUGAUAUUUAUAAAAAGAAAUUGCUAUGUCUUAUUUCUGUAACUGUAAAGACUUCCAUGUUUAAAAUACUUAAUAUAGUCUUUGUAAAAUACCGGGAUUUCUUUUGAUGUAAUGAAUGCCUUGUUUUGGGUAGUUUCCAGCCUGUUCUUUGUCAGUUGUUGGCUCUGAAAUCCUGACUGUUCCGAUACUGUAAAUUUGUGUUUGUGCAAGAACCGCAAAGUGUGUAUUUAAACCAAAGACAGAUCAGGACUAGAAUUUUUCAGAAACAUUGCUUUUUACAAAAUGUUUUUAAAAAGAACAGUGUCUAUAUAUAAGCAUAUGUAUGUACUUUUGAUCGCUUUAAAAAUAAAUUUAAUACUACUG